CUUGACACUUGUGCGCAUGACACAUCUUGCGUCAGCAGAGCAGAACUCUCCUAUGACGUCAAGUGUGCUAACUGUCGUAACAGCACAUUCAAGAGGAAAUAAGUGCGCAGGACGCUAAUAAGUCAGUGUUAUUUGUUCUCUAGUUUGUAAAUAUUCAUGUCGUAUAAAAUAAUUAUUUGAUCUUUAACGAUUAAAUCGUCUCAGUGCGCGAGAAGCUGCUCGUGCUAGUUAGCUUAGGUUGCUAGUUAGCUUAGCUAGUUAGCCGCUAACUAGGUACACGCAGCCCUAAGCAGAGAUUAGCUGUGACUACUUUAAAGUGUGUGAACAUGUGUCAACUACAAAUGUUGAGAGUGUUGGUGAAUCAGCGACUAAAUGCUGCUGUUGAAGAAAUAUUCCUAGUGUUCCAAAGAACCAUCGCACAAUACGAGGCGGAACUUUCUCGAACCAAAGAGGAGAACCAUCAACUACUGGACGCUGUUUGCAAGAAACAUCAACUUCAAGGAGAACUGUUUCAACAACGGGUUAGCUUCUGAUUGACAAGUGAGCAUCCAAUCAGAAAUCAUCUUCUCUCUGAGCAACAGGAGUGGAGCUUCAGGAUGGCGCAGGAGGGACCACAGUCCUCUCACUUUAGGGAGGGACAAAAAGCGUUAGAGACACAUUACUUUAAAAAGGAAGAGGAGGACCUACUAAACCCCCAAUCGAAAGAGGAAGGGGCGGCACCACAGCCACCCCACUUUCAAGAAGAGGAAGAAAAGGCGCCACAAACCCCGCACAUUAAAGAGGAAGAGGAGGAACACAGCAUCAGUCAGGAGUUCCCAGUGACUGGUGUCCCUGUGAAGAGUGAAGAUGAGGAGGUCAAAGGUGAAAGUGAGGAGGAGCCUCCAAGCCAACACAUGACAAGAGAAGCUGAUGGAGGACCACCAGCAGACAAGUUCUUAGCUCCACUAUCAAGGUCACACUCUCAUGACUCUGAUGAUGGAGACCAGUGUGGAGGACCACCAGCACACAAGUUCUUAUCAAGGUCACACUCUGAUGAUGGAGACCACUGUGGAGGACCACCAGCAGACAAGUUCUUAGCUCCACUAUCAAGGUCACACUCUCAUGACUCUGAUGAUGGAGACUCUAAAGAUGGUCAGACACACUUUAAAUGUUCACACUGUGACAAAACUUUCAAAUACCCUAGUCUUCUGAAAAAACACGCAAGAAUGCACACUGGAGAGAAACCUUUUUGCUGCUCGGAAUGUGGUAAAGCUUUUUCAAGGAAGAAUUUGUUGACAGUACACAUGACAACGCACUCUGAGGAAAACCCUUUUUUAUGUCCAGUGUGUGGUAAAGGUUUUGUGCAAAGUCACAUUUUCAAAGUACACAUGCGAAUACACACUGGAGAGAAAUCCUUUGUGUGUUCAAUCUGUGGCAAAGGUUUUGUACAAAGUAACAAUUUGACAGUACACAUGAGAAUACACACCGGAGAGAAACCUUUUACUUGCUCAGUCUGUGGCAGAGAGUUUGUUAAAAGUCAGUGUUUGAAAGUACACAUGAGAAGGCAUUCUGGGGAAAAGCCAUACUCCUGUCCAAGCUGCAACAAACACUUUUGUGAACGAUCAAACCUUGUAAGACACAUGAGGAGACACACAGGAGAGAAAGUGUUUAGUUGCAGUGCGUGUGAGGAAAGGUUCUCGUAUAAGUACCAGCUCAACAAACACCAGUGUGCUGCUGGGGAGAACAGCAGCAGCACAAUUUGAAACUGUCAAGACUCUGUUGACUUUGACUCAACACGUGUGACAUCAUUGUGUGUGGAACACAAACUUGUUGAUAUGCAUAUUUUGGAUUAGUGCUUUUUGACAAACAAUAUGACUGAAAAGGUGAGCGUAAACAGUACAAAACAUAUGUUCAUUUGAUUCAUGAUCAAUCUUAUUUAUAAACACUUUUUUCAAUAAAGUGUUACAUAUUUUCAUUUGUAGUGGUUAGGGUUAGAGAGAGAGGGUUAGAGUUGAGUGACAGGGUUAGGGGAGGGGGAGUGCACGGUCCAUGUACUGCCCAUCAAGGUGACGCCAAGGCCCCCCCCACCCCGAGGCAUCGGGAUUGUGGUGUCGGCCAGCGUGUCAGCACAUUUUUGAGCGGGCUCCGUGUAGCAGUGCUGACCUCUCUGGUUGGCUCCACGGCGUUGGGCUGAAGUCAGGAGGCUCCAUGCAUUCAGAACUUUGUAGUCUCGUCCUCCUCGCUCCAGGUGGCCUGCGGGUGGGAGGGGGUUCACAGCCAGUCCUUGCCUGUACCUGGGGCACCUGGAGUCUGACGUUCCACGGCCUCAAGUCAUUCACGGGCCUUCUGCAUUUUUCUGGCCUUUGUCUGCCGUCUUGCGUCACAGGUGGCCUCUACGAGUCUGCUGGAGCGUUGUGGAAUCAUCUGGGUCGCAGGUGCCGGACAGGUAGGAGGAGGGAACUCACCGCAGAUGUCCGCCUGGGCCUGCAGUCUCGGGGAGUCUAGUCAUAUAUAUGUAUGUAUAAAUAUAUAUAUAUACAUACAUACAUACAAAUAUAUACACAUAUAUAUAUAUAUGUAGCCGAGCUAAAUUUUAUUCUAUUUUAUUUUAAUUUUGGUCAUUUAUUCACAUCAUUUUUUGUGGUGAACUUCCCCAAAAGUGUUUGUCAUUGUAAAUAGGUUCCACUCUAUUAUUUUCCAUUACAUACCUUUUUGUUUCCCUGGGGGGUGAUUUGGCCUUGCACCUUUGUGAGCAGCUUCAGUGAGCACUGACGCUCGGAGCUGCUAAGUCACGUUUAUGUCUCUCUCCCUUUGUUUUUUUAUAAACUUUUUGGUUGUCGUUCUUAAAAGUGUUUUGUGGGAAUGUCUUGUGACUUGUUGGUGGGCAUGCGUGUUGAAUUCCUGAAUGUUGGUUGUUGAAUUAGUGAGAAAAAAAGACUUUUGUAUGCUAAAUGAUGUGUGGAUUAGCCUAUUGCUAGCGGCAGUUGUUGCGGGGUUUCCUGGUCUCGUAAGUUAACGCAGGGGUCAGGGGCUCUGUUGUGUGUCUGUGUGGACAUCUUUAGCAUUAAUAUGACUGUGUAUUAUUUUCUUCUUUAUUUUUAGUGGAGAGAGAUCGUUUUUGCCGUGGAGUGUGUGUGACGCCCCGUUGUUUUUGUUUCUAUUCAAAAAAAGUAUGUAUGUUAUGAGGUAUUUUUGACAUAGUUUAUUGUAUAAAAAGAGUCGAUGUGGGUGGGAAAGAUGAGGUGUAUUACUGCACAUUUUAAGGAUCAUUUUUCUUAAUAUAUAUUGUUAUUUGCUGAAGUAUAUAUUUUAUAUACUGUGUUUUAUUUAAUUGAGACUAUUUUAUGCUUUAUUUACCUUUUCAUUAUUAUUAUUAUUAUUACUAUUUUAGUUAUUAUUAUUAUUAUUAUUUCCACAUUAACAAGACAUAAUUGAAUUGAGUGAGCACGGACGCUCGGAGCUGUGGAGAGAGAUUGUUUUUGCCGUGGACUGUGUGUGACGCCCCGUUGUUUUUGUUUCUAU